AUGGCGGGGCUGUACUCGCUGGGAGUGAGCGUCUUCUCCGACCAGGGCGGGAGGAAGUACAUGGAGGACGUUACCCAGAUCGUGGUGGAGCCCGAGCCGGCGGCCGAAGAACCACCCUCGCUGCGGCGAUCGCCCUCGCGGCCGCCGCCUCCGCCACGGUCACCGGCGCCCCCGGCCGGCGGCGAAGUGUCGGGGAGAGGCGGCGCGGGGGCCGCCCGGGAGGCUCUGGCGGCUCCGCCGGACGCCGGGGCCUCGCCGGCUCCCGGCCGCUGCUGCCGCCGCCGCUCCUCAGUGGCCUUCUUCGCCGUGUGCGACGGGCACGGCGGGCGGGAGGCGGCGCAAUUCGCCCGCGAGCACCUGUGGGGUUUUAUCAAGAAGCAGAGGGGCUUCACGUCGUCCGAGCCGGCGAAGGUGUGCGCCGCCAUUCGCAAAGGCUUCCUCGCCUGUCAUCUCGCCAUGUGGAAGAAGCUGGCAGAAUGGCCAAAGACGAUGACAGGUCUUCCCAGCACGUCAGGGACAACUGCCAGUGUGGUCAUCAUCCGAGGCUUGAAGAUGUAUGUUGCUCACGUGGGUGACUCAGGGGUGGUUCUUGGAAUCCAGGAUGACCCCAAGGAUGAUUUUAUCCGAGCUGUGGAGGUGACGCAGGACCAUAAGCCAGAACUCCCCAAGGAGAGAGAGCGAAUCGAAGGACUUGGCGGGAGCGUGAUGAAUAAGUCUGGGGUGAACCGUGUGGUUUGGAAACGACCUCGGCUCACUCACAACGGACCUGUGAGGAGGAGCACAGUCAUUGACCAGAUUCCCUUUCUGGCAGUAGCCAGAGCACUUGGUGAUUUGUGGAGCUAUGAUUUCUUCAGUGGUGAGUUUGUGGUGUCACCUGAACCAGACACAAGUGUCCACACUCUUGACCCCCAGAAGCACAAGUAUAUUAUCUUGGGAAGUGAUGGACUUUGGAAUAUGAUUCCACCUCAAGACGCCAUCUCAAUGUGCCAGGACCAAGAGGAGAAAAAAUACCUGAUGGGUGAGCAUGGACAAUCUUGUGCCAAAAUGCUUGUGAAUCGAGCACUAGGCCGCUGGAGGCAACGAAUGCUUCGAGCAGAUAAUACUAGUGCCAUAGUAAUCUGCAUCUCUCCGGGAGUGGACAGUCAGGGAAAUUUCACCAAUGAAGAUGAGCUCUAUCUGAACCUGACUGAUAGCCCUUCCUAUAACAGUCAAGAAACCUGCGUGAUGCCUCCUCCUCCUUGUUCCACACCACCAGUCAAGUCCCUGGAGGAGGACCCAUGGCCAAGGCUGAACUCCAAGGACCAUAUACCUGCCCUUGUCCGUAGUAAUGCCUUUUCAGAGAAUUAUUUAGAAGUCCCACCUGAGCUAGCUCGGGGGAAUGUUCAGGCUGCAGUCAUAUCCUCAAAAGAUCCAGAGCCACUGGAAGAAAAUUGCACUAAAGCCCUCACUUUAAGGAUACAUGAUUCUUUGAAUAAUAGCCUGUCCGUUGGCCUGGUGCCUACCAAUUCAACAAACACCAUCCUGGACCAAAAAAAUGUGAAGAUAUCGACCCCAGGUCAAAUGAAAGCCCAAGAAGUUGAAAGAACCCCUCCAGCAAACUUCAAAAGGACAUUAGAAGAAUCCAACUCUGGCCCUCUUAUGAAGAAGCACAGACGGAAUGGUUUAAGUCGUAGUAGUAGUGCUCAGCCUGCAAGCCUCCCCACAACCUCCCAGCGCAAGAACUCUGUUAAACUUACCAUGCGACGCAGACUCAGGGGCCAGAAGAAAAUUGGAAAUCCUUUACUUCACCAGCACAGAAAAACUGUUUGUGUUUGCUGA